AUGAUAACUAAUUUAUUUUCUGUAUUUGAUCCUUCAACAUCAAUUUUAAAUUUAUCGUUAAAUUGAUUAAGAACUUUUUUAGGGUUAAUAUUAAUUCCUAUAUCAUACUGACUUAUACCAAAUCGAUUCCAAUUAAUUUGAAAUAACAUUUUAUUAACACUUCACAAAGAAUUUAAAACAUUAUUAGGACCUUCAGGACAUAAUGGAAGAACUCUUAUAUUUAUUUCAUUAUUUAGAUUAAUUAUAUUUAAUAAUUUUUUAGGAUUAUUUCCUUAUAUUUUUACAAGAACUAGUCAUUUAACUUUAACUUUAACAUUAGCUUUUCCAUUAUGAUUAAGUUUUAUGUUAUAUGGUUGAAUUAAUCACACACAACACAUAUUCGCUCAUUUAGUUCCACAAGGAACUCCCGCAGUUUUAAUACCUUUUAUAGUUUGCAUUGAAACCAUUAGUAAUGUAAUUCGACCAGGAACUUUAGCUGUACGAUUAACAGCUAAUAUAAUUGCAGGACAUUUAUUAAUAACAUUAUUAGGUAAUACAGGACCUGUAACAACAAAUUAUAUUAUUUUAUCAGUAAUUUUAACAACACAAAUUGCUUUAUUAGUAUUAGAAUCUGCAGUAGCUAUUAUUCAAUCUUAUGUAUUUGCUGUAUUAAGUACUCUUUAUUCAAGAGAAGUAAAUUAA